AUGGCCUCUGCCCGGCCUUCGCCUUCCUCGUCCCGCCGGUUCCUCAAGCCUCUCCUCUACUCCGCAGCUGUGCUCGCCGGGGCCGGGGCAUCCAUUAUAUACGUGUCCUACCGCCCUAUCAAUGUCCCCGGAUCGCAAGGGGCAGUUGUCCCCGUCCUGCGCACCGAAGAUGGGAAAAUCAUACCGCCUAAGUUUCCCUUGAUCAAGUCCCGCGCCGAACAGGUUGCCGACUUGCGAAAGAGUGGUGGAUUAGUCGGGUCGGCCACAGAGACACCGCUGACGCAGCAGCUCAGAAAUAGCUUUGACAGACUGCGCGGCGCGACGAGCGGCGAGCAAGAUAAAGACCAAGUAUUGGCCGCGGACCAAGACGCUGGCGAACCGUAUGACUUGCUUGUCAUUGGCGGCGGUGCCACGGGGUCUGGAAUCGCCCUGGACGCUGCCACUCGGGGCCUCAAGGUCGCCCUCGUCGAACGCGAUGACUUUGCCGCCGGGACGAGCAGUAAGAGCACGAAGCUCGUGCAUGGUGGGGUGAGAUAUCUAGAGAAGGCGGUCUGGGAACUCGACUACAAUCAGUACGCGCUGGUCAAGGAAGCGUUGCGCGAGAGAAAAUAUUUUCUCGACACGGCGCCGCACCUGAGUACGUGGUUGCCCAUCAUGAUCCCACUGCAGAAGUGGUGGCAAGCGCCGUAUUUCUGGGCGGGUACCAAGUUUUACGAUUUUCUGGCCGGGAGUGAAGGGAUUGAGACGAGUUAUUUCUUGACGAAAAGCAAGGCGCUCGAUGCGUUUCCGAUGCUCAAAAAGGACAAUCUCAUCGGUGCGCUGGUGUAUUAUGAUGGCGCGCACAAUGACAGUCGGAUGAAUGUCAGUAUUGCUGCUACCGCGGCGUUGUAUGGGGCUACAAUCGUAAAUCAUAUGGAAGUCACGCAGUUGAUCAAGGACCAGAACGGACGUUUAACAGGCGCGGUGGCAAAGGAUCUCGUCAGUGAGAAGAAUGGGAAGCCGUCGAGCCCGAUCACGAUCCGCGCACGAGGGAUAAUCAAUGCCACAGGCCCCUUUUGCGAUUCGAUUCGCAAAAUGGAUGACGCUAAGGCGCAGGAGAUCGUGGCACCGAGUUCGGGCGUGCACGUCGUGCUGCCGGGGUAUUACAGUCCCCAGAAGAACAGUAUGGGCUUGAUCGAUCCGAGCACGUCGGAUGGAAGGGUUAUUUUCUUCUUGCCCUGGCAGGGAAACACGAUCGCAGGCACGACCGAUGCGCCCUGUAACAUUACUCAGCAGCCCAUUGCGGGCGAGGAUGAGAUUGGGUGGAUUUUGAACGAAAUCAAGGGGUAUUUGUCGCCUGAUAUCAAUGUGCGGCGGGGAGAUGUUCUGGCUGCGUGGUCGGGUAUCAGACCGCUGGUGAAAGAUCCUAAGGCGAAGAAUACGGAGUCUUUGGUGCGGAAUCAUUUGGUCACAGUCUCGGAGUCAGGACUGCUUACAUGCGCCGGCGGGAAGUGGACAACGUAUCGACAGAUGGCGGAGGACGCGGUCGACGAGGCUGUCAAGCAGUUCAAAUUGGAGACCAGGCCUUUGACAACGCCGAGACGGAUAAGUGGUUCGGAAAGGGUCAACGAUGCUUCACCCCUUGAUGGAUCGUGUCAGACACAUCAGGUUCGACUCGUCGGUGCCCACGGAUAUUCCAAGACACUGUUCAUCAACCUGAUUCAACAUUUUGGCAUCGAGACAGAAGUGGCCAAACACCUUGCCGAAGCAUAUGGUGAUCGCGCCUGGACUGUCGCUGCCCUUUCAAGUCCCACAGACGAGAGAUUCCCUGUUCGAGGGAAGAGAAUCUCGCCACUCUAUCCUUUUGUGGACGGCGAGGUGCGGUAUGCGGUGCGCCAUGAAUUCGCACAGCGGGCGGUCGAUGUUAUUGCCCGAAGAACCAGACUGGCGUUCCUCAACGCCCAAGCUGCCUUGGAGGCGUUGCCCACGGUGAUCGACUUGAUGGCCGAAGAGUUGAAAUGGGAUAGCAAGCGGAAAGAGGUGGAGUGGAAGGACAGCGUGGCUUUCCUGGCGUCGAUGGGUCUGCCCAAGAGCAAGCUCGGUGUGUCGAGAAAGGAUGUUGAGAGUGGCAGGGCUGGCUUCGCGGAUGAUUGGGAGCGGAAGUUGUAUUCCAGAUAUGAUGGUCCCGCGGACACCCUGGAGAGCGAUUCGAAGUUGCAACCUGGACAAAACCCCGGACUAGGCACUGAGUCUCCGGCCAACAAAUGA